GGAGGGUAGGGCGACAGCUGACUCCCGGGCCGAGUGCUCGCGUCCUCCCACCUUCCAGGCGCCGAAUUGACCAUCCCCAGCCCAGAGAGGUGACAGCCGCGGACGUCUAUCCGCUUCCUGUCGCCGGGAGCCCGCGCGGACCAUGUUUUCCAGCUUGGGGAGGUGGAACGUCAGCGGCUCUUACCAGCGGCUCCCCCGGGGCCCCGAGGCGCAGAAAUGCAGUCCAGAGAAAAGUGCUUCAUUCUUCAGUAAGCUGACCUAUUCCUGGUUUAGCAGGCAAAUGAUCAUUUUCUGUGAACACCGCCCAGAUUUUGGCUGGAGUGGCUAUGGUUAUGCUUUGGCACUUUUUGUCGUAGUCUUCUUGCAAACUCUGAUCCUUCAGCAGUACCAACGUUUUAACAUGCUCACUUCAGCAAAAAUUAAGACAGCUGUAAUUGGACUGAUCUACAAGAAGGCCCUGCUUUUAUCUAAUGUUUCUAGAAAAAAGUUUUCCACUGGGGAAAUUAUUAACUUGAUGUCAGCAGAUGCCCAGCAGCUCAUGGACUUGACCGCAAACAUCAAUCUCCUUUGGUCAGCUCCUUUUCAAAUCCUGAUGGCCAUAUCAUUCCUUUGGCAAGAGCUGGGUCCAGCAGUGUUAGCAGGGGUGGCAGUCCUUGUGUUUGUUAUCCCAGUGAAUGCUUUAGUUGCAAAUAGAAUGAAAAAGCUGAAGAAAAGCCAAACGAAGAACAAAGACAAACAGAUAAAACUGCUCAAUGAAAUCUUACAUGGAAUUAAGAUCCUUAAACUUUAUGCAUGGGAACCCUCCUAUAAAAAGAAGAUUAUUGAAAUUCGAGAACAGGAAUUGGAAGUUCAAAAAUCAGCUGGGUAUCUUGCUGUAUUUUCUAUGCUGACUUUAACUUGCAUUCCAUUCUUUGUGUCCUUGGCAACAUUUGGCGUCUAUUUCUUACUGGACGAAGGCAACAUUUUAACAGCCACUAAAGUGUUCACAUCUAUGUCUUUGUUUAAUAUCUUGAGGCUUCCUCUGUUUGAUUUACCAAUGGUGAUCUCAGCUGUGGUCCAGACAAGAAUAUCAUUGGUUCGUUUGGAAGACUUUCUCAACACUGAGGACUUUCAUCCUCGAAGUAUAGAAACAAAGUACAUAGGCGAUCAUGCCAUUGGUUUUACAAAUGCUUCCUUUUCCUGGGAUAAAACAGGGAUUCCAAUAUUAAAAGACUUAAACAUAAAGAUUCCAGAAGGAGCUUUAGUGGCUGUUAUAGGGCAAGUUGGGUCUGGAAAAUCAUCUCUGCUUUCUGCUGUUCUAGGGGAAAUGGAGAAACUUAAAGGAGUAGUCCAAAGAAAGGGCUCUGUGGCUUAUGUUUCCCAGCAGGCUUGGAUUCAGAAUUGCAUUUUGCAAGAAAACAUUCUCUUUGGCUCUGUCAUGCAGAAGCAGCUUUAUGAGCGAGUUUUGGAAGCCUGUGCUCUCCUUCCCGAUUUGGAGCAGUUACCAAAUGGAGAUCAAACUGAGAUUGGAGAAAGAGGUGUGAAUAUAAGUGGGGGUCAGAGGCAUCGAGUCAGUCUGGCCAGAGCUGUCUAUAGUGGGGCCGACAUCUACCUCCUGGAUGAUCCCUUGUCUGCAGUUGAUGUUCAUGUUGGAAAGCAACUUUUUGAAAAAGUGAUUGGGUCCUCCGGCAUGUUGAAAAACAAGACUCGAAUUUUAGUGACACACAACCUCACACUUCUACCCCUGAUGGAUCUUAUUGUUGUAAUGGAAAGUGGCAGGGUAGCACAAAUGGGAACAUACCAGGAACUUCUGUCUAAAACCAAAAAUCUCACGAAUUUGCUUCAGGCCUUCAGUGAACAAGAAAAAGCUCAUGCUUUAAAGCGAGUCAGUGUAAUCAACUCCAGAACUGUACUGAAAGAACAAAUCCUGGAGCAAAAUGAUAGGCCCUUAUUGGAUCAAGGAAAACAGUUCUCAGUGAGAAAAGAAAAGGUCCCUGUUGGUGGGGUGAAGUUCUCAAUCAUUCUGAAGUACCUCCAAGCCUUCGGCUGGCUCUGGGUAUGGCUGAAUGUGGCCACUUACCUGGGGCAGAAUUUGGUGGGAAUUGGACAGAAUCUAUGGCUUAGUGCCUGGGCAAAAGAAGCAAAGCACAUGAACGAUUUCACAGAAUGGAAGCGAAUAAGAAGCAAUAAACUUAACAUCUAUGGAUUAUUGGGAUUAAUGCAAGGUCUCUUUGUUUGCCUGGGAGCUUAUGUACUCACCAGAGGAUCCUUGGCUGCCUCUCGAACUUUGCAUGCUCAACUGUUGGAUAAUGUGCUGCAUCUCCCACUCCAGUUCUUUGAGACCAAUCCCAUAGGCCAGAUCAUCAAUCGGUUCACCAAGGACAUGUUUAUAAUUGAUAUGCGUUUCCAUUACUACUUACGGACCUGGGUGAAUUGUACGCUGGAUGUUAUUGGAACAGUUUUGGUCAUUGUGGGAGCUUUACCAUUCUUCAUUGUGGGGAUUAUUCCUUUGGUUUUCCUCUAUUUCACUAUACAAAGAUACUACGUGGCAAGCUCUCGGCAGAUUCGGCGGUUGGCAGGAGCAUCUCGCUCUCCCGUCCUUUCCCACUUCAGCGAGACUCUACUUGGGGUGUCCACUAUCAGGGCAUUUGGACGUGAACAGAGGUUCAUCCAGCAAAACAAAGAGGUGGUGAAUGAGAAUGUGGUCUGUUUCUACAACAAUGUGAUUUCGAACAGGUGGCUGUCUGUUAGACUUGAAUUUCUUGGCAAUUUAAUGGUGUUCUUCGCUUCACUGCUUGCUGUGCUGGCUGGCAAUUCUAUAGAUUCAGCAAUAGUUGGUUUGUCCAUAUCCUAUGCCCUAAAUAUUACUCAAUCUCUCAAUUUUUGGGUAAGGAAAGCAUGUGAAAUUGAAACCAACGCAGUUUCCAUUGAAAGAGUUUGUGAAUAUGAAAAUAUGGAUAAAGAGGCACCCUGGAUAAUGUCUAAAAGGCCUCCAUCACAAUGGCCCAAUAAAGGGAUAGUGGAAUUUGUUAAUUAUCAGGCUCGAUACCGAGAUGAUCUUGGUUUAGCAUUACAAGAUAUCACUUUCCAGACUCAUGGGGAAGAGAAGAUUGGAAUUGUGGGACGAACUGGAGCAGGCAAAUCAACACUAUCAAAUUGCCUGUUUAGAAUUGUAGAAAGAUCAGGAGGCAAAAUUAUUAUUGAUGGAAUUGACAUAUCUACCAUUGGGCUUCAUGACCUUCGUGGCAAACUUAAUAUUAUUCCACAGGACCCUGUUUUAUUUUCUGGAACCCUUCAAAUGAACCUGGACCCCCUAGACAAGUAUUCUGAUGGCGAGCUAUGGGAGGUGCUGGAACUAUGUCACUUAAAAGAGUUUGUGCAGUCCCUUCCCAAGAAGCUGCUGCAUGAAAUUUCAGAGGGUGGUGAAAACCUCAGUGUUGGACAGAGACAGCUUGUCUGUCUUGCUCGCGCUUUGCUGAGAAAAACCAAAAUUCUCAUCUUGGAUGAGGCAACAGCUUCCAUCGAUUUUGAGACUGAUAACUUGGUGCAGACCACAAUCAGGAAGGAGUUUUCUGAUUGUACCAUCCUGAUGAUUGCUCACAGGCUGCAUUCUAUCAUUGAUUCAGACAGGGUGCUUGUUCUAGACUCUGGAAGGAUUACACAAUUUGAAACACCACAGAAUUUGAUACACCAGAAAGGACUUUUCUUUGACAUGCUAACAGAAGCAGGAAUAACACAAGACUCAGGGACAAAAAGUAAAUACUUUUAGUUGUAUAUUGAUUAUACCAAAUUUAAAAAAUAGUAUUUGAAAAAAUAAAGACAGGGGAGAAAUGCAAAAAAGCAGGCCCCUAGCUACAUGUUAACACAAACAGACAUAAGCACCAUAGCUCUAACAAUAAUGGGCUGUACCCAACCAUCUUUCUUCCAUUCAUUUCCUCCAGAAUAUCUGCCUUUUCCUCAUUGCCCAAAGUGCUAAAUGCCAUUUAUCCCUUAAGUCUCUGACUUUGUUCAGGAGUCAUCUUCUGCACAAAGCGUCUCUUGAUUUUUCCCUUCGCUCCCCUGUCUGAUCCACGUGCCUUUUUUCUGUCCUCUGUGUAGCCCUAUGUGCAUACCUUUAUCUUGGCAGGGACCAUACUCUAUUUAAAUUCUUUUAGUCUGCCUCUCCUUAAAGCUACUUGAAGGCAAGUGCCCAGUUUAUCGUUUUUGUUGUUAGGUUCCUAGCAUAGUGCCUUUCAGAUUGUUGAUACUCCACAAACAUUUGUAGAAUGAAUAAUUAGGCAUUUUAGAGUAA